AUGCCAGAAAGGCGAAUUUCAUGGCAACCAGGCUUUACCCUCUCGAGGAAGCCGGCGAAACGACCGACGCGUCCCAGAAACAGGCAACAGCAGUUCGAGAUUGUCGUAGAGCAACCAGAGACCUUUCAUCGCCGCGCGAAAGGACAGCCCGCGACCACUACCUCCCAGUACCAGGAGCUAUUUCUUGGCGACUCUUCAAAGAGGCGUUCUGACCCUGAGACCCCGAAUAGGGCCUCCUCCAACGGUGUCGUUGAGCAUGACGGGCCUCCAGUCGACAAUGCACCCCCACACUCUUCCUGCGCUGUUGCUACGGAUAGCGCAGGGGAUGCUACCCGUCCAGGGCCAAGCACCACGCUAACAGCCCUAUCGGGCAUUAUACCGCCUACUGUAGAAUAUAGCGGCCUUGUGGAACGGUUCAGGCCCAUACUCACCAGAUAUAACUCGGAAUUCUGUACAAUUCCUCUGACAUUCAAACUGCGCAUCAAUCCAUUCCGCUAUCGCAUGGACCUGGACCCGGAACCUCUGUUUCUAGUCCACGCAGUGUGUGCCUUGGCAGGUCACCACGUCCAGAGCACGUCCAUGUUGACGCAUCGCCAUGCAGCCCUUCAGCUACUUCGCCACAGUCUGGAUACCUUGAGCGACAUUGAAGCCAUGUAUUCUGUGCUGGAUACCAUUGUGAUCUUAUUCUCACUAGAUGAAACUCAAUCUCUCUUGGGAACUUGGAGUAUACAUCUUCAGGGCGCGUAUCGUAUCGUCGAAUCCUGUGGUGGUAUCCAGAGAAUACCUCUGUCAUCCAGGCUUGAAACUCAGAUUGCAAUAUUAACUUGGUGGGACGCGAUCAUUGCUCUCCUAUCCAGAGAGGAAUGCAUAUUUCCUUACAAUUACUUUGAAUCCGUAUUGUCCAACCUGCACAAAAGAGAGUGGGACUUUUUUGGCCUGUGUGGCUGUCCGACAGCUAUCGUCAAGAUUGUGAUGCGCCUUGCACGCCUCAGCACAACCAACCAUCGAAUAUCUGUUGGACUGGAUUCCCCACCUGACGAUGACACGGUCAACGAGAUCAUUCAUUCCCUAGAGUCUUGGAGUCAUGUUUCCAACUUGACAAGUCUCCACGACGAAGAAAGCAUGCACGAAGAUAUCGACGCAAUGCAUUGUUCAGAAGCCUGGAGGGGUGGGUUGCUCCUAUAUAUAUUCAGAGUCUUUCAGUGGACGCCCGGCUCGACCGUUCCUAUGCAUAUCAUAUAUCGCGCAAGGACAGUAGUAGAUCAUGUCAUCGCAUGUCGCGAUACAGCAAUGUUAUCUCGACAAGCAUUGCUGCCGCUCGUCUUUGCAGGUUGCGAGCUACAGGAUAAGUCUACACGGACCGGCAUUGUAAGACUAAUAUCCGAUUGGGAUCAGAGGACCAGGUAUCACAUGUUUCGUGGCGCGAUUCCUAUCCUCGAAGAAGUUUGGGCUGAAUCAGACGAGAAGGGAUUAGAAAAUGUUUGGUGGGGUCAAAUCAUUGACAGACAACAAAGUUCCGAGGCGGAUACAUUGAAAUUGAGGAUCUGUUUUGGCUAA